AUGCUCCAGAGGUUAAUGCUCCAGAGGUCAAUGCUCCAGAGGUUAAUGCUCCAGAGGUUAAUGCUCCAGAGGUCAAUGCUCCAGAGGUUAAUGCUCCAAAUAUUAAUGCUCCAAAUAUUAAUGAUGUUCCAAAUACUAAUGAUGGUCCAGAACCUAAUAAUAUCCCAGAGCCUAAUAAUGGUCCAGAGCCUAAUAAUAGCCCAGAGCCUAAUAAUGGUCCAGAGCCUAAUAAUGGUCCAGAACCUAAUAAUGGUCCAGAGCCUAAUAAUAGCCCAGAGCCUAAUAAUGUCACAGAGGUCAAUAGAGCUGCUGAAGCUAAUAAUGUUCCAGAGAUUUCUAAUGUUCCAGAGACUUCUAAUGUUCUAG